AUGUUAUUUCGAAAUUAUUUCGCAGCUGCAUUCUGCUUGAUCUCAGGAGUGGUGGCUAGGACCAUCACUCAAGAUACUGUCAGUCGUGGUACCAUAUCUCUUGGAUUGGGUGACACUAUCAUUAAUGAUGGUGUUUAUUGGUCCAUCAUUGAUAACGUAGUAACAGCCUUUGCAGGUAAUGUCGACGUGGGCACAGGCUCUGGUUUAUACAUCACAGGUCUCAAUCCUUUACUUUCCUUACAAGUAACCCUUUUGCUGGGUUCUCUUACAAAUGAUGGUGUUAUCGCCUUUAAUGCCAUUCAAUCUUUACUCGCUCCAACAUACAAUCUUGUCGGUAUCUCGUUUACAAAUAAUGGUGAAAUGUACUUAGGUGCCGAUGGAUCAGUUGGUAUUCCCAGCAUCCUGAUUACCACUCCAGUCUGGAACAAUAAUGGUUUAUUGGUCUUCUACCAAAAUACCAGAACGACUGGUCCUGUUAAUUUGGGUACCAUUGGUAGUACGAUUAACAACAAUGGCCAAAUUUGUUUUUACAAUGAACUAUAUACCCAGACGACAAAUAUCGCAGGUACUGGUUGUAUUACUUUAGUCGAAGACUCUAGUAUCUUCUUCUCUAAUACUCUAUUGAACAUCGAUACAAAUCAAGUCUUCUAUUUGGAAGACUCUGCCUCCUCAAUCAGAGCCACCGCCAUUAGUGCCCCUAAAACUUAUACUGUGGCUGGGUUCGGUAACGGAAACAAGAUUGGUUUAGAUAUUCCACUUGUCAAUAUUCCUCCAUUGCUCACAGGUUACACAUAUAGUACUACCACAGGUAUUUUGACUCUUAAAGGUGCAGGUGUGUUGGCCAUGAACUUCAACAUUGGUAAAGGCUACAAUCCAUCUCUUUUCUCCAUUGUCACUGACGACGAUGUUGGAUUAGCUUCGGUUCUCUUCGGUGCAGUUUCCUACUCAGGACCUCCUCCAAACCCAGUUCCUUCGAUUUGUAAGCAAUGUAAAACGCUUCCCCCUGCACCAGGAACCAGUCCGACCGUAACUACGACCACAGUAGCAACUACGAAUACUGCUGGAUUCACUUGUUCAGAAGUCGAUCAAAUCCUUGUUUCCACAGAUACCAAUUAUUCUUGGUUCACAUCUACUUCAACUAUUACUGUACUGUGUGGUACUGAUACUGUUGUUGUUGAAGUUCCGUCUAAUGCCCAGACUACUGUUACUUCGACUUGGACUGGUACUGAAAUUACUACUGUUACUAUUUCGGACACAGUUGGUGGUACCGACACUGUAAUAGUCGAAGUUCCAUCCACUGCAAACAUUCAAACAACUCUUACUAGUACGUGGACUGGUUCUGAUAUCACUACUACAACAGUGACCGACACGCCAGGAGGAACCGAUACCGUUAUUAUUGAAGUUCCAACCACUGCAAACAGUCAAACAACUCUCACAUCCACCUGGACCGGAACAGAAACUACUACUGUUACAUUAACGGAUACCUUAGGUGGCACUGACACUGUCAUUGUUGAAGUUCCUUCUACUCCAAACAGUCAGACAACUCUUACUUCGACCUGGACUGGUACUGAAACUACCACAGUUACUAUUUCCGACACAACACCCAAGGUGACUACUCUCACUUCGACCUGGACUGGUACCGAAACAACCACUGUUACGUUAACCGACACACAAGGAGGCACUGACACCGUAAUUGUUGAAGUUCCAUCUAACGAACAGACUACUCUCACUUCGACCUGG